AUGGCGGUGCCGGCGGGCUGCCACCCAGAACGGUUUGAGCGCGUCACCGUCUACACGGACAUGGUAUAUGCCGCAAACACACAGUUGGAGGGCCGAGGAGAUGACGAGGAGGCGGCGGUGCUACUGGCGCUGAUUCGAAUGUCUGCCGCAGCACUCGCUCGCCAGCUCGUUGUCGUGGAUAGCAAAAGUCUUCUCCCCUCCGCAGAGCAGGCAAGGCCUUCUUUGCCACCGAAGAGGGAUACCGGCACCGCUUCUGUGGCCGCGUCUGCGAGUACGUCUACCACGGUUCAGCUACUGCGGUACUGGCAAGCGGAGGAGGCGGAUGUGUACAAGCGCGAUGUGAACAACACUGUUCCCUUCAUGCGGGACUGGGAGUGCUUGAUCACAUGCAAGGACAUACGAGACGGUGCUGUGACGUACGCGUUGCAUCGUCGACAGAUGCCGGUGCUGUCGCUGGCGCUAACGCAGACCAGCACGUCAACGAGGACGCCAAAGAGCGCCGUGGAGGAGCUGCUUUAUACGUGUGUGCCAAGCGGUGCCACACUGAAGGACAAAGAAGAUGCAAUCACUCGCUUCUUCACGUUUCCCUCCGAGCUGGGGGCUUACGUUGUGGCGCCGUCUGUGACUGCUGCAGGCGAGGCAAAGCCUCAGCAUUCCUCGGAGGCCACCUCUUCGAGUGCCACUGCAGCGGCAGCAGCAGUGGUGCUGGUGAACAAGAACGGGUAUCCGGUGCGCCUGCCGUGGGCUGCAUCUCUGCUCCCGCCACCGCCUGCGCGCUUUGCAGGCGUCUUGCAAAAAUUGUGCUCGGCGAACAGCGCACAGAUGGAGGUGCUGCGGCGGCGCAACCCACUUCUCCCUGGUGUCCUGGCUGCUUUUCAUCGUUAUGAGAAUCGGGGCUUGCUGCGUAGUGCGCUGCAACGCGGGUGCCAUGUGGAGGUGGUGGAGACGACAGAGGGCGAUAAGGCUGUCGUGUCGGCAGAGGACUGGGUGCGCAGGUUUGUGGAUCUGUUGACCACGGGCAGCGACGAAGCGGACUCACAGAGGAGGCAGACCACCGCCGCGGCCACCUUGAAGAACUUCGAGCUGAAGUGGCUGGACCUGCCGCUGCCGCAGAGCCAGACGUAA